AUGCAGGGCUGGUCCUUCCCGGCGUGGCCCGCGCAGCAACGCCGUGCAGAUUCUGGGGGCGGCCAAGGGGGCGGUGGGGACUGGUCCGUAGCCACUUGGGCUCAAGCUGGCUCUCGCUGGUGCCGACUCGCGGCGCCGCGUGCCGGCAGCUGCCCGUGGAUGCCAGGUGCCUCCCUGGAGGCGGCCUGGCGGCAUAGGCUGGCGAUGUUCCACGUCUGGAGGAGGGCGCGGUGCCCGUGCGCGGGGCACGAGAAGGAGCCCGUGGCGCUGCUCUCGUGCUGGGCGCAGGUGUCGAUCCUGCUGUCCGGCGUGCUCUCCUGCCUGGUCGUGGUCGGAGUGGCGGGGGGCGUGGAGGGCUCAGCUCCCGGAGUCCGGCUCCUCUCCAGGCAGGGCGGGGAGGGGCCCCCUCGGCAGCUGCUGAACCCCGUGCUGUACAUGAACGACUACCGCCCCGAGGACUACGCCAUCUCGGGGUCCGACCUGAGGAGGGCCAUGGAGAUCAGCGCUGGCAACGUCGGCAAUCUGAUCUGGAUGCACGGUGGCUGGAGCCUGCUACAGGAGCCGUCGGCACACGAGUUCAUCUACAGCUCGCUGGAUGACCCCAAGCUGCCGACGUUUCAUACCAAAGGCUUCUAUUUCCCGGUUGCGAACAUAUUCGGGAAUCGCUCUGUGUUCGAACGGCGUGGGGCUGCAGACAAGAAGCUGACGAUAGACCGCAUUACGGCGGCGAUCAAGUCUGUGGACGGCCCCACUCUGCUGCUCGGCGCUGGCAGUCAAGGUUUUUACCAGCCAGGCUUGUCGGAUAGAUAUUUCGAUUUGGAGGAAGGCUGGAUUGAUCGAGAUAUUGGUGCUUACAGCCUCGCGUCCCCUCUCUUGGACAUGCUGGAGGCCAUUCGCGAGAAGAGCGGCUUCGUUUUGGCGCGCGGUAAUUACACUACUGCGAUUUUGCAAGCGCAUGGCUUUGAUAGGGUGCUAGACGCUGGUUGUCCAAGCCUGUUUGCGAACCCGAGCCCUGGUUUGGGAGCGCAGCUCGAAUCGAAGUUGAGAUCAGUCAGGGACCGCCUCCAGCAGGGUAAGCUAGUUCGGACAGUGAUCUACCUCCCCCCAUUCUACAGGCCUAAUAUGCUGAAACUCCUCCUGCGAAUCUUGCUUGAGCACGGGCUGAAUCGGCUUGUGAUUCAGGACGAGAGAGACAUAGAGACCCUCGCAACGGCCGAGAAGGAGCUAGGGCUGGUUGUCCCUGCGUAUCAGAAGGCAUGGUUCACCAGUGCGGCAGCCUGGCGAGAGUACAUGUGCCGCCACGAUUUUGUUUUGAGUGGGCGUAUCCAUGGCACCAUGGUAGGCCUUGCCUGCGCGGUGCCAGGCUUCAUUAUUGCGCCAGACAUGCGUGUACUGGAGCUUGCUGAGUCUAUGCAGGUUCCUCACGCUGAUCCUUUCCAGCGGUGGCUCCGCGAUAUCGUGGUGGUGAAGCCCAGUGUCGCACUCACCACGAUCGUGGAGAGAACGUUAGGCGUCUUCCGAGGUGAUCAGUUUGAUGGCCACCGGUGCAAGAUGUUUCGGAUGUAUCAUCGUGUGUUCAGCGCACUGGGCUUCGAGAUGAAGCGCUCUUUGGCAAGACUGUGUGAUGGUUUUGCGCUCGAGCCAGGGUGA